AUGUCACUCUUCGGAAUUGUUGCAGCUUUGAACUUUGCAAUCAUGGAGAUUGACAAACCUUCGACCAAUAUUCGACAUCUCCCUGAGCACGAUGACCAGCUGUACGACUAUAUCAAAGAAUGGUCUCAUGUGGAGCUCACUCGAUCUCAUGCCCACCUCAAGACCAAGGAGCCCUUUAUCUUUACCGAGAGUCAAGACUCGAUGGUUUGGUUACUUUCGGGAAAGAGUCAGCGCAACGAAGAAGUGCGAGCGCAGAUUAAUGACAUCAAAACUAUGUCCGAGGAGAUCGAGCGAUCCGGGAUCCAUAUCGAGAUCCAUUUUUACCCCUCCAUUGAACUUGCGCUUGUAAAGGAAGUUGCAAAUCAGAUGGCGAGAGAGUUUGCCAAGAAUGACUUGGAGACUGAUUCAACUGUUUGA